UCGACGCCUCCACUCCCCUUUUGUCUCCACCAUGCUGCCCAGUUUGCAGAGAGUCCUGCGGCCCGCCCUCAUUCUGAGGUCGGGGAACAUGUUGGGAAGAGUCCGCGGGUCAAACCUCGCUCCGCUACGCCAGCCUGUACCGAUGCUACCCAGCCAGCAGAGCUGCGACUUGGGCACACACCUCACAAGGACCCGAUGGAGCCCUUGAACUCUCCUCAAGGAGCCAAGGAUUUUAUUUAUAGUCUUCACCCCACCGAACGCACAACCCUGCUUAGAGAACUGCACCGGUUUGAGUCGAUAGCAAUAGCUCAAGGGGAAAUGGUCAUCGCCCCGCCCACAUCGGCUCAGCUGAGAUAUGUCCUUCUACACAACGCCAUUCCUUUUGUAGGAUUUGGUUUCCUGGACAACGCCAUCAUGAUUGUAGCUGGCACGCAGAUUGAGUUGUCCAUAGGUGUGAUCUUUGGGAUUUCAACCAUGGCAGCUGCUGCCCUGGGGAACCUUGUGUCGGACCUGGCUGGACUCGGCCUUGCAGGUUACGUGGAAGCCCUGGCCUGUCGUUGUGGGUUGGUGGGUCCUGAUCUGAACCCCAAACAGGCUGACAUGUGGCAGACCAGAGUUAGCACCCACAGUGGUAAAGCCUUCGGAGUUGCCAUCGGCUGCAUCUUAGGGAUGUUCCCGCUACUCUUCUUCAAAGAUGAGACGAAGAAGAAAGCAGUGGAAAGGGAGGGUAAAGAUGGAUCACUGACCUCCAUCUCCACUGACAGCAGCAGCAGCAGCAAUUGAGACAACUUGACAGAAAGACU